UUGUCAAUGGUCUAUAACACGAAGAUGAAGCUUCACGUUUUCUUUAUUGUGAUGUGUUAUGGUACUCUUUCCGGCAUCAAAGCGUAUGUUAUUUUAGAUGACAGACAGAUGCAUCCACCACCCCCCAAAAGGAUCAAGUAUAGAAUGACGGAUGUUGAGAGCACAGGCAGUUAUUGGCAUGAAAAGGCGCAGGCAGUCUUAAAACAGAAACUUAAAAUUAGACACAAUGAAAAUAUCGCAAAGAACGUAAUCAUGUUCAUCGGUGAUGGCAUGUCGAUCCCAACAUUAACCGCCACAAGGAUGUAUAUGGGGGCCGAAGAAGACGAACUAAUCUUUGAAAGGUUCCACCACACAGCUCUGUCCAAGACCUACUGCGUAGACGCCCAGACGGCCGACUCGGCUUGCUCAGCCACGGCCUACUUAGGUGGUGUCAAAGCCAACAUCGCCACAAUCGGCGUCACGGCGGCAGUAGAGUUGAACGACUGCGACGAGAUGGUAAAAGAAGAGAACCACGUACACUCCAUAGCUUCCUGGUCGCAAGCUGUUGGGAAACGGACGGGAAUAGUCACCACGUCCACAGUAACUGACGCAUCGCCGUCAGGCACCUACGCUCACAUAGCCAACAGAUUGUGGCAGAACGACACAGCCGUGACGGAAGCCGGAUGGAACGCCACCAAAUGUCGCGACAUUGCCUACCAACUCAUCAAAGGGAAGACGGGGAGUAAAUUUAACUUUAUACUCGGUGGAGGAAGCCAGAUGUUUCUACCUAUCGGACACGAGAAUGAGGCAGGAAGUCGUGGUACCAGGUCAGAUGGAAGGAAUCUCAUAGAAGAAUGGUUGAAGGACAAAAAAAACCAAAAGGCAAGGUACGUGUGGAAUAGAGAUCAACUAUUGGACGUACCAGAAGACGCGGAAUAUGUCUUAGGCCUCUUCAGUGAAGGAUACAUGCCAUACAACUUAGAUCGAAACACCUCUUCCACCCCUUCCCUCGCCGAGAUGACGGAAGCAGCGAUCAAAGUCGUCAGCAGAGGUAAUGGUGCAGAGAAAGGUUUCUUUCUCUUCAUAGAGGGCGGCCGAAUCGACCACGGUCACCACGCCGCCUUAGCACAUAAAGCUUUGGACGAAACAGUCGAACUGUCCAAAGCAAUUGAAAAGGCCUUGGAGAUGACGAACGAAGACGACACCCUUAUCGUCGUGACAGCAGAUCACGCCCAUACGCUGUCUAUGUCGGGGUAUCCGGAGAGGAACAAUGAGAUAUUUGAAAUAGCAGGGAAAGACACAAACGGUUAUGGAUAUCUAACAUUGAACUACGCCAACGGUCCUGGGUACAAACCAAAGGGUCACCGCGUUGAUAGUGACGAUACUAACGACAAAGACUACCAAUUCCCUGGCAUCUACAAUCUGACAUCUGAGACUCACGGAGCUGACGACGUCGGCAUCUUCGCCAACGGUCCGUGGGCCCACUUAUACUCUGGCGUCAUCGAGGAGAAUACUAUCCCACACAUUAUGGCCUACGCUUCUUGUGUAGGACCUGGCCUCACAGCAUGCUCAAAGGGAAAUAAUGUGAAAUCUAAUGAAAUCUAGAAAAUUCUUUGAUGUAAAAUAUGGAAUAAGUUUAUUAUUACAGUUCAUAUUAUAAAUUUUAAAAUACACAGUAUUAAUCAUG